UAGAGGACAUAAAACGAAUUGCUAGACAGUCCUCAGACCCGGAGACUUGGGCAACUAUUGAUCUUCAUGCAACUAAUGGAGUUCAAAGUCUGGGAGGAUUUCUUGCCAGCUGUGUAAAAGCAUUAAUGCCUGGCAGAAGCAUUUCAAAGGCAUAUUACCAGGAGGAACAAAAACCAGAUGAAUCACCCGAGAUAUACAUUCAACGUAAGGAAAUUUUGGGAAUUGCUAGCGACCUCGUCCGCUUACCCCAAGGUCAAGCUGACUUUAAUACGGUCGAAUUCAAACGGGAAUUGGUAGAUGGCUUGAAUGUUCAAACAAAAAUGAUUUUAGGACCAAUUGUUGUUGGACCCAUGACUUAUCCAGAGCUCCUGGAAAGAAUCAAAAAUGCAGGAAACUUGUUUAGGGAAAGCAGAAAGGCAGAAAGCAAAAAGGGAAAAGACAAACAUGGGGUCUUGCAUAAUGUAACUUUCUCUAACAAUGGACCUUGGAACCGUGCACCAGACGCACAACAACGUAAUUUCAGGACUAGUCCACCUCGAAACAAUUACACAAAUACAUCAGGAAGUAACUUCAGACCUAACACCGGAUGGGUUAGUCCUAGAGGGGGAAGAAAUGCACCACCUAGGAGAUACCAAGAGGAUUCAGGGGUGCAAAAUUGGGAAUGCCCUCCAAGACCACCUAAACGGGACUGGAAUGAAGGAAUUAGAUCUGGGAUAUGGGAAAAAUUGAUGGAAGCUGGAGAACCGAGAGAGAAAUGGGACAGGAAACCCACUACUGAAUUGAUUAAAGGUUUGGCUGAAAUAAUAAAACAGCUAGAGGAUGCAGCUCGUGCAUUGGCACAGAACCAGGCAGCACCGCAAGCAUGUGCAAGAGUCCUGAAAGGAUUCAGCUGCCCGCCAGGUGGAGAAAUGGCAAGUCUCGCCAGCGGCAAUCAACAGCCCGCAGCACAGAAUAUUCCCUCAGAGUCGCUGGGGAUGUACAUGGCCCCGGUGCUCAGCAAACCAGCCUCUCAGUCUCCUGGCUGCCAGUCUGAGGCCACUUCCGGUUGCUCUGGCAUCGGGCUGUGGUGGUGAUUUUUGGAAGAUUUUCCACACCCGAGAGAUGAUUGACUGAUUGCCAAAGCAUGCUGGUGGAAAGCAAGACUCGGAAGGGCUGCUGGCCAAGGCCGAUGUCUGAGCAGGUGCCUCGCCUUCUUCAGCUCUCCUUGGGUGCCUCUCCUUCUUCAGCUGGACCUGCAGUAAAAAGAGAGGCCACCCAAUGAAUCCGGUUUGACUGUCAUGGCUUCUGACCAAGAGAUUCUCGGAUCUGUGAAGGCAAUGUGGAAUCUUAUUCAAAGCUGCUUUAUAUUCCAUCCAACUAGAUGUGCGAUGGGGAGGGAGGUAGCUUGGUGGCCAUUGCAAGAGCCAGCCAAUCAGCUCUCAGCACAGCCAGGUGGCAAGAAGAAUGGGAGGGGCCUAAAAGUUGUUGCAAGUGCUAGCCAAUUAGCUCUCAGCACAGCCAGGUGGCAAGAAGAAAGAGGGGCCUGAGGAUUGUUGCAAGUGCUAGCCAAUCAGCUCUCAGCACAGCCAGGUUGCAAGUAGAAGGAGGGGCCUGGGGGUUGUUGCAAGUGCUAGCCAAUCAGCUCUCAGCACAGCCAGGUGGCAAGAAGAAGGAGGGGCCUGAGGUGGCUUGGCGGCCAUUGCAAGUGCUAGCCAAUCAGCUCUCAGCACAGCCAGGUGGCAAGAAGAAAGAGGGGCCUGAGGGUUGUUGCAAGUGCUAGCCAAUCAGCUUUCUGUAUUCCUGGGGCAGGGGGGAAGCUUGAGGAUUGUUCCUCAUGCCAACCAGUCAGCAAUGUGCACAGCCAGGUGAGGAAACAGUCUCUCUUCCAACCCCCCAGGCCGUCCUUCCAUCAUGAUAGUAGUUAAUUUCCUGGCUUCUGUCUCUUCGAGUCAAACUAGAUGUUACAGUGGCCAUGUGUCCGACUGGUACCAUUUUAGAGGAGAAUUUAGCAGUUUAAAAUUGCUGUGUGGAAGACACCAGGAGAUCUUGUUCCUGCUACCCCGUGGCCCAGAAACUACUUACAAAGUGGAGCUGCACAUGGAAAGGGGUGAGGGGGACAUGGAAAUAGGGACACAGUGUUCUGUGGGCCUCCCCCCAAAUUCAACCCCAAAGAUGGUAACAAUAAACCUUGCUAUUUUUUUGAUUCCUUAUUGUUUUAAAAUUGUUGUGAAGUUUGCAAAGAUUAUUUAUUUAAAUGGAGUCUCUGAUCCUCCUCCUCUUCAAAGGGUGUUGCACAGAAUGUGUCUGCAGGUUUUGCCAAUGAACCAGUCAUCGUCACCGUAUGAGAGAGGGGGAGGGAGGGAUGGGAUGGUUACAAAUAACCUAUGGUUAUACACGUACUCAGGAGUAAGCCCCAAUGGAUGAAAUUAAGAACAUCUGACUAUCACCUGCUGGAUCGGGCUACCUAUUCCAGCAUCCUGUGAUCAACCAGAUGUCCCCCAGAAGGCUGUCACUGAGGGCCACGGCUCGUCCUGUGGGUAUCCCUCUGCAACUGGCUUUCAGAAGUAUACUGCCACUGAACAUGGAGGUUCCAUUUAGCCAACCUGGCUAACAGCCCUUGAUGAACCUUCCUCCAUGAAUCUGUCCUGUCACUUCCCCUUUAAAGUCAUGUAAGCCAAUGACCAUCCCAUCUAGCAGCAGUGAGUUCCGUAAGUAUAUUAUCACACUGUAGAAAGUUGGGAGGAGGGUUUUUUGGCCUGUUCCUCAUUUGCUGCCUGUCAAUGUUGUUUGGUUGCUUCAAGUUUCUCUAGUGUGAGAGUUUCCUCUAUGCACUUUCCCUACUACAUGUAGAACUGUAUCAACCCUCUAUCAUGCCUUUCGUCUUCUUUCUUACAUGAAAGCUGACAUCCUUAAGAUGUUCUAAAUCAUACACAAGGCAAACAGCCUUAAGUACAAAAUCAGAGUCUGGUAGCACCUUAAAUAAACUGAGCAGUUGUUAGGGUGCCAUCAGACCCUUUUUUGGUCAGUGACUGAAUCUACUACCCUUCUGGAGACUUUGCAGCUUGGGUACUUUCUGCUAGAAGGCAACAUCACUCUUGGUAAUCAACUAGCCCAUGUGGAAGACUGGACAAUCUAGAAGGCUAAGAAGAGCUUCUGCAUACAGAAGCCGUCGAUCUCUGAGUAAAGGAAGCCAGGGAGCAAACAAUGUCCUACCUUCUCGGUCUUG